AUGGCGCGUCCCUCCUCCUCACGUCCCCCUUCGCGCGCCAACACGCCCCACAAGACCUCGCUGCCCGUCGAACUGCUGCAGCUGGUGUAUACAGCCGCCCAAGUCCCGCCUGAGAACGACGACGACGAGCGUGUCCCGCUGCCGCUCGCACGCGUACGGCGUCACCUCGAUGCUCUGUAUGACCCGCAGCGGCAGGGCAUAGCAAGAGGGAGGAUCCCGCUCGUAGCCAAUGUAUACGCGUAAGUCUGCGCUGGAGCUCGGGUCCAGGCGUUUCCCAAGCUGAUGCUCUCCGACGACGCGCCGCCGGCACGGUGAUAGACUCGCGGAGAGGUACAAGGUCGAGGCCGAUUCGAAUGAGAUACUCGGGGAACAACUCGAGUCGACACUGCACAGACUAUUCCCCGCUUCAGAGAGAGACGAGGGCCUACUUCGAGUGAGCACCGUUCCCGCUCCUUUGAACCAACAGCACUACACCCCCUCACGUGACCUCGUCCUUUCUGCUCCCAGCCCGACCGAGUUCCCGAUGCGCUACAAUUCCUUCUCGCUCUGGCUUCCCCACCCACAUCCGCAACCUUGGACUAUGCCAGAGUAUCGUCGCUUCGGGAUACCCAACCUACCGCUGCAGCAACAGCUCCGACCCAAGUCGACUGGAAAACUCUGGUCGCCGGCUAUGCGGGUGAACAAGAUUGGGCACCAUUGCCCUCGGCAUAUACCAUCCCAGCCGAGUCAUCCUCCGAAGAUGAAGAAACGAACGGACUCUCGUCCAACUCUUCAUCCAACUCGGGCAACGACGAAGACGACUUCCCCCUCACACCCGACGCGCCUCGGACUCGAAGGAAGCAAACUCGAUCACAACCCAUCAUCCUACAAGGCGCUUCAAGCGUGAUCCAACCGAUCGAACCUGAUUUCGGAGCGAGGUUGAACCUCAUCAAAGAACAGUAUUGGGAUGGUUCGGGGCCUACAUCUCUGGAUCCGCACGCCCAUUUCAAGUCUGGCGAUCCUAGUACGCUGAUGGCUGGGCUGCAACGCGUGGGCCUGGGACAGGAAUCACAUGAGCGUCACUCGAGGAGCUUUUGGAGCGAGGUUGAGAUUUAUCGUGAUGUCUUGGGGGCGCUUCAGGGAAGAAGGGACGCAGGGCUGUUCGUCAAGACCGCAGAUGGAUACAAGGUGAGCAGGAAGUCGUCCGGACGAGGGGUUCGCUCGAAAAGGCUAAUUCACGCCGUUCCUUCCAGGUCUCUUCUCGUGCACCCUCCUUGCUGCAUCUUUCGACUCAGUCACUUCAUUCACUCCUUGCAUCCUUCACGCCAACGCUAGAUCUCUUGAAGAUGAUCGAUAGGUUCCUGAGGUCAACCAUCCUUGUCCGCUCCAUCACGGCUUCCCCAGCUCGAUCAACCUCGAUUGAUGCGUUCGCCUACUCUGUCAACGAUAUGAUUGUGCGACCCUUUCGGAAAUGGUGCAUCUCACUCGAAUCGGACCUUCUCUCACCUCUCGAGUCCUCGACCAUCUCUCUACUAGGCCUUGCAAAUCAAGUUCAGGACCGUCAGGAGCCGUUGCUCGUCAUUACGGAUCUGAUUCGACGGAUCACCUCCUUCCCUUCGACUUCAUCCUCUCUCGUCACGUCCGAUCUUCUCGACAACUUGCAAGAAAGGAUCGAUCAUUACCGAGCUCUGUCAGCGAGGGCGAUCGAAGUUACUUUGAUCGAGAUAUGGUGUGCCACCGCAACGCCCCUAUGGGCCUCAUUGGGAGCCUGGAUCCGAUUUGGUCGACUUGUACCGCGCAGGAACGAACAAACUCGACACUUCUUUGUCUCGGAGAACGAGGAGCUUGAUGUUGCGGACGCGGGUUAUUAUCAAGAAGGCUAUAUCGUCGAUCAACAUGUGCCCAGAUUCCUCAAAGGUUUGGCGCAAGCGAUCGUGGGGUGUGGGAAAGCCAAAGGGUUGUCGAAGGUGAUCGGCGCGGGGAUCGAUGAGGAGGCGCAAGUUUCGGAAUGGCCCAAUUUGAGGGACCUCGUGGAAAGAUCGCAACAUGGACCGAUGCCGGACCUGCAGACGACCCCUUUCGGGAACACGAAUUACGACCGCGCCUCGUCAGCCCCUCCCAACCUCGUCCCCUUCUCCCAAUCUCUCACCCUCUCGAUCGAGCAACUAUGCCUCCCCACCUUUGAACAAGUUCACCUGACCUUGCAUCGAACCAUCAUCGACGAGUGUCGACUCGACCAACAUCUGUCUGCCGUUCAAGGGGUCUUUCUGAUGCGGGACGGCAAGUUGAUGGAUGACUUUAUUAGUGAUAUAUUUCACAAGGUGCGUACGUUUCACAUUGUCAUUACCGAAUUCGAUGGGAUGUCUAAGACCUAGAUUGGGUCUCGGGUCACACAGAUGGAUCGCCGUCUCCCUUGGUCCGAUUACCAUACCUUGAAUUCAGCAUGGACGCGAGCUUCAGCUGGACACCCUACAUCAUCCUUCAUCCGUGUUCGUUCGAAGACUCAACGAUUCAGAACCUCAGGUUUUGGAGCUUUGAAGCGAUUGCACCUCGAGUACGACGUCCCAUGGCCGCUCAACUACAUCAUCACACCCUCGAGUCUCGACACCUGCUCUCGCAUCUUCACUGUGCUCUUGUGCAUCCAAAGAGCAAGACACGUACUCGACCAAACCAUCUUGCUCAAGCUCGACCCGAUCCACUCGAUCCGGAUCUCUGCCAAAGCACUGCGAUCUUAUCUCGCACUCAAGAGCCGCUUGGGAUGGUGCAUCCGUACCUUGCAAAGCUUCUUCAUGUGUUUCAUCAUUGAAUCGGAAGUCCGGUCGUUCAAGGACAGGUUGGAUACGACGAAAGAGUUGGAUGGGUUGAUCGAGUUGUGGAGAGCGUCAAUGGGGAGGCUAAAAACGGGUUUGCUGUUGAAUGAUUCGGUAGGUUUGAUUGCCGCUUCAUCCAGCCAGACUUGUGCUGACUUGACUCGGUAAAAAUUACAAUAGGCUGAAGGGUCCCAGGAAGCCUUGUAUGCGAUUCUUGAUCUAGGAGUCGAGUUGUCUGGCCUUUGGACCGAAAUUGUCGACCCUCUCGGUAAGGCGACUACUCGUCAUUCAACUACGAAACGACACCGUCGACGCGUUUCAACACUCGACUCCUCAGAUGAAGAGGAUCAAGCCCCAUCAGACGACUCUAAACAAACUCCCGCCAAGCGUAUUUCCUCUACUCUGAGCUCGGACAGCUUUGCGGACCGUCUCAUGCGAAUGGAUCAAGAUUUGUCUACUCUGGUCGAGGUGCUCCGUACUUCGGUGUACGAGUUGACGAGGGAGGGCAAGUCGAGUCAUGAAAGGGAAGUGUUGGACGUGUUGAGUGGAGUCUUGGAGCAGUGGAAAAACUAG